GAGCAGAGGACGAGCCGGGACGCGGCGCCGCGGCACUAGGGCGCGCAGCCGGGCCGGCCCGACCCCACCGGCCACACGGUGGAGUCACUGGAAGCCCAACCCCACCGGCAGCCUGAGGCCGCGGUUCCCCAGGGUUUCCGCUCCGCACCUGGAUCUAUGUCUAAGUUGUAACUCUUGCUUACCAAGACCACGAUAAUUCCUUCCCCAAAGCCCAGCAGCCCCCCAGCCCCGUGCAGCCCCAGCCUGCCUCCCACCGCCCAGCUGCCCGCAAUGCCCGCCAGCGGCCCCGGGGACACCAGCGGCUCCGCUCUGGAGCGGGAGGAGGAGCGCAAGGAGGGAGAGGAGCAGGAGGAGGCUCGUGCCAAGGAGGAGCGGCAGGAGCCCAGCACAACUGCCCGGAAGGUGGGGCGGCCUGGAAGGAAGCGCAAGCACCCCCCGGUGGAAAGCAGUGACACACCGAAGGACCCUGCCUUGACCUCCAAGUCCCUGUCCAUGGCCCAAGACUCGGGCCCCUCAGAGCUGUUACCCAACGGGGACUUGGAGAAGCGGAGUGAGCCCCAGCCAGAGGAGGGGAGCCCCGCUGGAGGGCAGAAGGGCGGGGCCCCAGCAGAGGGAGAGGGUGCCACUGAGACCCCGCCCGAAGCCUCCAGAGCUGUAGAGAAUGGCUGCUGCACCCCCAAGGAUGGCCGGGGAGCCCCUGCAGAAGAGGGCAAAGAACAGAAGGAGACCAACAUCGAAUCCAUGAAAAUGGAGGGCUCCCGGGGCCGGCUGCGGGGUGGCCUGGGCUGGGAGUCCAGCCUCCGCCAGCGGCCCAUGCCGCGGCUCACCUUCCAGGCGGGGGACCCCUACUACAUCAGCAAGCGCAAGCGGGACGAGUGGCUGGCACGCUGGAAAAGGGAGGCUGAGAAGAAAGCCAAGGUGAUCGCAGUAAUGAAUGCUGUUGAAGAAAACCAGGGGUCCACCGAGUCUCAGAAGGUGGAGGAGGCCAGUCCUCCCGCUGUGCAGCAGCCCACCGACCCUGCGUCCCCCACAGUGGCCACCACGCCUGAGCCCGUGGGCGCCGAUGCCGGGGACAAGAACGCCACCAAAGCAGCUGACGAUGAACCGGAGUACGAGGACGGCCGGGGCUUUGGCAUUGGGGAGCUGGUGUGGGGGAAACUGCGGGGCUUCUCCUGGUGGCCAGGCCGCAUUGUGUCUUGGUGGAUGACGGGCCGGAGCCGAGCAGCGGAAGGCACUCGUUGGGUCAUGUGGUUCGGCGACGGCAAGUUCUCAGUGGUGUGCGUGGAGAAGCUGAUGCCGCUGAGCUCCUUCUGCAGUGCUUUCCACCAGGCCACCUACAACAAGCAGCCCAUGUACCGCAAGGCCAUCUAUGAGGUCCUGCAGGUGGCCAGCAGCCGAGCGGGGAAGCUGUUUCCAAUGUGCCAUGACAGCGACGAGAGCGACACUGCCAAGGCCGUGGAGGUGCAAAACAAACAGAUGAUCGAGUGGGCCCUGGGAGGGUUCCAGCCCUCUGGCCCCAAGGGCCUGGAGCCCCCAGAAGAGGAGAAGAACCCCUACAAAGAAGUUUACACAGACAUGUGGGUUGAACCCGAGGCAGCUGCCUAUGCGCCGCCCCCACCAGCCAAAAAGCCCCGAAAGAGCACAACGGAGAAGCCUAAGGUCAAGGAGAUCAUUGAUGAGCGCACAAGAGAGCGGCUGGUGUACGAGGUACGGCAGAAGUGCCGGAACAUCGAGGACAUCUGCAUCUCUUGUGGGAGCCUCAACGUCACCUUGGAACACCCUCUCUUCAUCGGAGGAAUGUGCCAAAACUGCAAGAACUGCUUCCUGGAAUGCGCGUACCAGUACGAUGACGACGGCUAUCAGUCCUACUGCACCAUCUGCUGCGGGGGGCGUGAGGUGCUCAUGUGUGGGAACAACAAUUGCUGCAGGUGCUUUUGCGUGGAGUGUGUGGAUCUCUUGGUGGGGCCAGGGGCUGCGCAGGCAGCCAUCAAGGAAGACCCCUGGAACUGCUACAUGUGCGGGCACAAGGGUACCUACGGGCUGCUGCGGCGGCGGGACGACUGGCCGUCUCGGCUCCAGAUGUUCUUCGCCAACAACCAUGACCAGGAAUUCGACCCUCCGAAGGUUUACCCACCUGUCCCAGCCGAGAAGAGGAAGCCCAUCCGGGUGCUGUCUCUAUUUGAUGGAAUCGCUACAGGGCUUCUGGUGCUGAAGGACUUGGGCAUUCAGGUGGACCGCUACAUCGCCUCCGAGGUGUGUGAGGACUCCAUCACGGUGGGCAUGGUGCGGCACCAGGGGAAGAUCAUGUACGUCGGGGACGUCCGCAGCGUUACACAGAAGCAUAUCCAGGAGUGGGGCCCGUUCGAUCUGGUGAUUGGGGGCAGUCCCUGCAAUGAUCUCUCCAUCGUCAAUCCUGCCCGCAAGGGACUCUACGAGGGCACUGGCCGGCUCUUCUUUGAGUUCUACCGCCUCCUGCAUGAUGCGCGGCCCAAGGAGGGAGAUGACCGCCCCUUCUUCUGGCUCUUUGAGAAUGUGGUGGCCAUGGGCGUUAGUGACAAGAGGGACAUCUCGCGAUUUCUCGAGUCCAACCCUGUGAUGAUUGAUGCCAAAGAAGUGUCAGCUGCGCACAGGGCCCGCUACUUCUGGGGGAACCUUCCUGGUAUGAACAGGCCAUUGGCAUCCACUGUGAAUGAUAAGCUGGAGCUGCAGGAGUGUCUGGAGCACGGCCGAAUAGCCAAGUUCAGCAAAGUGAGGACCAUUACUACUAGGUCGAACUCCAUAAAGCAGGGCAAAGACCAGCAUUUCCCCGUCUUCAUGAAUGAGAAAGAGGACAUCUUAUGGUGCACUGAAAUGGAAAGGGUGUUUGGCUUCCCUGUCCACUAUACCGACGUCUCCAACAUGAGCCGCUUGGCGAGGCAGAGACUGCUGGGCCGGUCGUGGAGCGUGCCGGUCAUCCGCCACCUCUUCGCUCCACUGAAGGAAUAUUUUGCUUCCUGAUCAGAUAGGAGCACAAGCAGGGGACAGAAAACAGACACUCAGGAGGCAGAGGCCCCUCCCAGCCACUGAGCUGUCUUGCCAGCACCAUUCCUGGUCAUGCAGAUCACAACCCAACUAGCAGCAGAGAGACGAGAACACCACACAAGACCCUUUUAUACAGUAUUCAGGUGCCUACCACACAGGAAACCUUGAAGAAAAUCAGUUUCUAGAAGCCGCUGUUACCUCUUGUUUACAGUUUAUAUAUAUAUGAUAGAAAUGAGAUAUAUAUAUAAAAGGUACUGUUAACUACUGUACAACCCGACUUCAUAAUGGUGCUUUACAACAGCGAGAUGAGUAAAAACAUCAGCUUCCACGUUGCCUUAUGUGCAAAGGGUUUUAACCAAGGAUGGAGAAAGGGAGACAGCUUGGAGGUGAAUCGUUUCCGUGGUGGGGUGUUUGAUUUCCCCUUGGUGUUUAACAAGGUGUGAAGGAGAAUUUGGGAACAGCGUUCUCCCGCUUCUCCCUGCCAAAAAAGGGGGGUGAGAUUCGGUGGUUGGGACCGUGGAAAGCUGAGAGUGGGAUCCAUCCAGGCUCACGCAAUAACCUUUUGAUUUUUUUCGAAAAGGAGACUCCCUCGGCAAGAUGGCAGGAUGAGGGGUCUUCAUUCCCAAUUUCUCACAUUAGCCGAUUUGAGGGCUCCUUGCGGUGGGAUCAGAAAAAAAAUCCAGAGU